AAAGAAAUUGGUUUUGAAUGAGUGGUGAACAGUUCUGCAACAUGCAUCCCUCUCAGCAACUCUUCUGCCUCCUGGCAGUCGGACUGACCGCCGUAUCGGCUGCAACGAUCACUUCCAAAGAUUUCAGCCUCCAAAGACAGCAUGCCACGAUUUCGGCUCAGUCCAUGAUGGAGGAGAGAUCCGUGUACGACACUCCCCGCCUGGCAUGUGACACUGCAAUACAGUACCUUCAGCCUGGAGUGUACCACAUGCAGUCACCAAACUACAAACGUGACGACCCCGGUAAUUACACCAAUGACUUCCGCUGCAAAUACCGCAUGCACGCAGCCGACAGCAAUGGCAUGCUGCGCUUCGACUGUUUCUUUUUCCAACUGGAGGACAGCCAAUACUGUCUAAAAGACUCAUUCGCAGUUGCCAGAGAUGAAGGUGCUCAGACGAUAACGAAUUUCUACUGUGGGAGAACUAAAACGCCGAAAACACUGUUCGCCAAGAAUAUCGAUGUUUCUUUCAAAACCGACUCGUCCGGCACCGACAAGGGUUUCUUCUGCACGGUGAUGUCUAAGGAGGCGGCAGCAGGCUGCGGCAGUCUGCCGUGCGGCAAACGUUAUCUUGGACCGGGAACUUACAGCCUCCUCAGUCAGAACUACCCCGAAAACUACGGAAACAACAUCUACUGCAAGUGGGAGCUGGUAGCCAGCGAUCCGUCAAACACGGUGGACUUCAGCUGCAGCAGCUUUGACAUGAUCUCCUGGGACAACUCCUGCGAGUGGGACUGGAUGAAGGUCGACGGUGUCCGCCACUGCAACAACAACAAGCCUGCUCCGCAGCAGUUCACGGGCGGCGUCACCGUGGAGUACUCCACACCGAACUUGCCUCACAAAACAAGAAAGGGAUUCAAAUGCACUGUUUCUAUUCGUGAUUCCAAAUUGGCAAAUGAAUCUAACUGAACAGAGCACCAAACAAAUGAAUCAAAACGGACCGUCCACGCUGGAACAAGUAACUGCCGAAAAGGACCAAGAUCACCCGAUGAACCAUGUCUCGAUCUGCUUUCUGAGCGAUUAUUUUACAAUGUGGCAGUGAGGAGCUGACUCUUCACAUUAAAUUUUUGACAGUUAUUCCGGGGAUAUUGUUUAAGGGCAGUGUCUGUUGGGUCUUGUUUUUAAUGGAAUUUUGUUCUUUUGGAAGUGUGCUUUAUUCGGAAGACUUUCAAAUAAAAAUAUAAUUUUAUGCAUUACAAA